CCACCACCAACCACCCACCCAUGCCUGAAUUUGCUCCCUUAAAGAACGAUUUGAUCCUCAGAGCCGCCAGGGGCGAGAAGGUCGAGAGACCCCCCAUCUGGAUUAUGGUACGUCCUUUCAGCUCGCUGCUCCAUCGCCCUCAAUACUAACCGCCAGAGACAAGCAGGCCGUUACUUGCCUGAAUACCACGAAGUCAAGGGAAAGCGUGACUUCUUUGAGACCUGUAGAGACGCUGAAAUUGCCUCGACCAUCACCAUCCAGCCAGUGGACCACUACGACGGUUUGAUCGACGCUGCUAUCAUCUUCAGUGAUAUCUUGGUGAUUCCGCAAGCCAUGGGGUUUGAGAUCGAGAUGGUGGAAGGCAAGGGUCCUGUGUUCGUGGACCCAUUGAGAUCGCCUAAGGACUUGGCCAGGGUCAACUUGAAGCCAGACAUCUUGAAGAGCUUGGACUGGGCGUUCAAGUCCAUCACCUUGACCAGAACCAAGUUGAACGGUAGGGUGCCUUUGUUGGGAUUCGUGGGUGCUCCAUGGACUUUGUUAGUGUACAUGACCGAGGGACAAGGGUCUAAGAUGUUCAGAUUCGCCAAGGAGUGGAUCUACGACCACACCGAGGAAACCCACACGUUGUUGCAAGCCACCACCGACGCCUGUGUCGAGUUCUUGGCCCAACAAGUGGUUGCUGGGGCCCAGAUGUUGCAAGUUUUCGAAUCAUGGGCCGGGGAAUUGGGUCCUAACGAGUUCAACGAGUUCUGUUUACCAUACUUGAAGCAAAUUGCUGCUAAGUUGCCUCCUAGAUUGAAGGAGUUGGGUGUCCAAGAACAGAUUCCCUUGACUGUUUUCGCCAAGGGUGCUUGGUACGCUUUGGACGACUUGUGUGAAGCUGGGUAUGACACUGUGUCCUUGGACUGGUUGUACAAGCCAGAAGACGCUGUCAAGGUUGUCAAUGGUAGAAGAAUCACCUUGCAAGGUAACCUCGACCCAGGUACUAUCUAUGGAUCCGACGAAGUGAUUUCCCAAAAGGUUGAGGCCAUGAUCAAGGGCUUUGGUGGUGGCAAGCAAAACUACAUCAUCAACUUUGGUCACGGAACCCACCCAUUCAUGAAGCCCGAGAAGAUCGAACAUUUCUUGAAGGAGUGUCAUAGAUUCGGUAAGCAGUAAUGCUCGUGUAUAUAUGAAUAAUGUAGGCGCCAAAAUAGUGUUGCAUAUGCUACAUAGCCAGACCUGUAUUGACGAUAUAACUGAUUAUUAUUAGUAGCUCUUGUAGGGGCCUGCCGGUAUCACUGGACAAUU